AAGCUAGUUGCAUUUCCCUCAUAUUUACGCACUCGCGAGAAAGACUUUAAAUCAGUUUAAUUAAAGAUUUUAAGGAGUUAAGAACGAAUUUAAAGGUUUAUUGACAUUUUUCACAACUCGAAAUUCAUUAAUUUAUAUGAUUUCGAAGAGAAUGUUGAGAAUACAGCAGAGGAGCUUUCUAAAAUUGAUUUCAAGCAGAUCAUUGUCAUCUAGCUUAAAUCCAGACUUUAGUUCAAAUACAACACAAGAAUCGCGAGCACAGCAAAUAGUUAAUGCUGAAAUAAAGAGCGGAAUUAAUCCAGUGCCCGUUUUCAAGAGGGCAGUUCUGAACAAUUCGAAAAUUGCCAUAAAAGAUGCAAUAAAUGGCGAGAAAACAUAUACGGAACUACUCACUGGAUCUUACAAAUUAUCAACACAAAUUUCCGACAUUUGCGAAAAAGAGUCACUCUCGCGAGUUGCUUUUCUCUGUAAUAAUGACAUAUCAUACACUAUUUCACAAUGGGCAACUUGGAUUUCCGGACAAAUUGCGGUUCCAUUAUGCAAAUCACAUCCAUCCGAAUUGUUGGAAUUUUACAUAAACGAUUCUCAAUCAAAUCUCAUUGUCACAACUCCUGAAUUUGAGGAACGAUUAAAGCCAAUUGCUGAGAAAUUAAAGAAGCCAUUAAAAAUUAUCGAACAAAGCUCCUUAUUGGAUCAAGAAGCUAUUAGUAUUGAUGAGGAUACAAUUAUUGACAACAUCCCGAAAGGCUCGUUUUACAAAAAAUCUCCAGCAAUGAUUGUCUACACAAGUGGAACUACUUCACGACCAAAAGGUGUAAUGAUAUCAUAUUCAAGUCUAGAAGCUCAAAUUGCAAGUUUAAAGCAUGCAUGGAAUAUCCAGCCAAACGACACAAUUCUUCACUCACUUCCAUUGCAUCACGUUCAUGGUGUGAUAAAUGCAUUAUUAGUUCCACUUAGUGCUGGCAGUCGAGUAACAAUGCUUCCAAAAUUCGAUCCUGACAAUGUAUGGACUAAUCUGCUUAAUAUUAAUAUGCCACAAAAAGAUCGAGUGACUGUUUAUAUGGGAGUUCCAACAAGCUAUUCCUAUUUAAUCCAAGAAUAUGACAAAUUAUUCAGCAAAUCGACACAGAUGAAGGAAUACAUUCGAACUCAUUGUCAGAACAAAAUUCGCUUAAUGGUUUCAGGCAGUGCACCACUUCCACAGACAAUUUUCCAACGCUGGAAGGAUAUUACUGGACAUAAGCUGUUAGAACGAUAUGGAAUGACUGAAAUUGGAAUGUGUUUAAGUAACACAUUAAAAGAGAAUAAGGAACGAUCAAGACUUCCAGGAUUCGUUGGACAGCCACUUCCAGGCGUGAAUGUGAGAAUUGUUAAUCCAGACAUUGAAAACGAUGUUCUGCUUGAAGCUAAAGGUGAUUUUAAUAAAGGCGUUUGGUCACAGACCGAUGAAGAAGAAAAGGCUGUACUAAAAAUAAAACCAGGUCUAGCCAGUGAUGCAGAAAUAAUUGGAAGUUUAGAAGUUAAAGGACCAAGUGUAUUUGAAGAAUAUUGGGAUAGACCGAAAGAAACACAGAGUGCAUUUAGAGAUGAUGGAUGGUUUAUUACAGGAGAUUCAGUUUGUUAUGAUCCAACAGUUAAUAGCUUUAAAAUUAUGGGCAGAAAUUCAGUAGACAUUAUUAAAUCUCGUGGAUAUAAAAUAUCAGCAUUAGAAAUAGAAACAAAAUUAUUAGAGAAUCCAUUAGUUGAAGAUUGUGCAGUUAUUGGCGUAGCUGACGAAGUUCUAGGUCAAAAAGUCGUUGCACUUGUCGUCUAUCGUGAAAUCAAGCCAGAUGCCAAAAAUGGAAAUGGAACACAACAGCCACAAACAGAUAAAUCAUUAGCUCUCAAAAAGUGGUGCGAGAGUAAGUUUGCUUCAUAUUGCAUGCCAAGCAUAACAGUUGUGAACAAAAUUCCACGAAAUCAAAUGGGAAAAGUGAACAAAGUAGAUCUUUUGGAGGACUUUGUUAAGGCCACGACAACACCAGUCAAAUAAAUGUGUAUUUUGCAUCCAUGCGACUUUUAUAUAUUAUUUUUAUAAAUUUACUGUUCCUCGGUACCGAGAACUUACUUCCAUCAUUCUGUCGAUAUAUUUGCAAACAAUGUGUUCACUAUUGUGGAAGUAAUUUCACGGUUAACUAGUCAGUGUAAGGAUUUAUUCUUAUUUCAUGACUCAUAAUAAUUUAGAGACAUAAAAUAACAUUAAUUGGAGAUUUUUGAAGUAGCUCCGAGCAUUUUUUCGUUACUGAAACAAAAAUUUCAUAUUUUCAUUGAUAAUUAUCGCUAGUUGUAUGUUUACAAACUAUUAUUUUUUUUUUCGAUUGUUGAUAGUGAUUUGAUAAACCUGAUAAGC